AUGCAUUCUUCUGGUAUAAUAUAUACCACACUCAUCUCAUUCAGUUGACAUGCAAUGAGCCCUCCCUCCGUCGGGCGGCACGGCACUCACCUCAGGUACGAGAUCCGUUCGUGUCGACAGCAUACAAACAUCCAUAGAAUGAAUCCACACACCCACCCACGAAUGUCAGUCAGUCAGUCAGUCAGUACGUUGAUUGAUAUCUAUACACAAACCGCACCCUGGCAGUCAGUGCAGUGACUGCACUCACUGCCUGCAUCGCCGCACUCACUGCAGCACACCGCCCCGCUCCGCUCCCACCAGACAGACAGACAGACAGACAGAAUCAGUCAACCAGUCGACUGACUGAUUCGAUUCCCCCAGGUCGGUCAAGUCAAGCCACUGCUUGACCUUGCCGCCUGUUUAACGGGCUGCCAACGCAUCUGUGCCACUGGCUGCUGUGGGUGGCACUGGCGGCGUCCGCGCCGCCCCCGCCGCCGCCGCCGCCGCCUGCGUGGCGUCUUCUGUGGUCCUGUGGGCGCUGGUUGGUCUGUGGGUGUGGCCUUGGGCACCCAGAUGGCAUGGCCCUGUCCGGAGGGACAAACACCGUGACGACGGCCGGCCGCCGGACGGUUCGGUCGGACACGGUUGUCAUGGCGACAGUGGGAGGUGGGGGAGUGGGAGGGCAGGGGGGCGUGAGGACCAGGACGGGCCGGCUGAGCGGGGGAGACGGAGACGCAGUCGCACUCACUCAGUGUCGGACGAGUCGACGGGGCCGUCUCGGCGGUGUCGCUGCCGGCCUUCGAUGACUUGGGCGAUUGCGGCAGGCUGAGCUCCUUCGGCUGCUCCACCGGUGUGGGCGACGCCGGCACGGACUCCUGGAACCACGGAUGCGACAAGGCCUCGGCAGCUGCGCCAAGACGACAACACAAGACAGACAGCACACACACAGACAGACAUACAGACAUACAUAUGCACACACGCGCUGUGGAUGGAUGGAUGGAUGGAUGGAAACCCCUUCAAUGCGCACGGCACCUCACCCGAGGCAAUGCGUUUGUGUUUGUCGAAUGUGAGCAGUCGGCGGAUGAGGUCGACCGCCUCGUCCGACACCUCAUCGUAGUCGCUGAACCACACGGGCUGCAUUGUAACACACACAGACAAAGAGACAGCACGCGUGUGCAUAUCGAUGAAUCGCACUCAUCCAUCCAUCCAUCUGUGUGUGUGCGUGUGUACCCUCUUCAUAUCCCUGAGGGCCCUUCUGACGGUGCGGGGCUUCAGGUCAGCGCAGCAGAAGGGAAACCCGCCAGUCAGCAUCGCAUAGCUGGCCAGCCACACACACACAUACACAUAUAUGACGUGUGAGUGAGUUUGCCGUUCGGUCGGCCGCUUACAUGGCGACGCCCAU